GGCAGGGUCAGCUUGCUGAUCAUCAGCAGCUGUUGUAGUUCUUGGCAUAGCUGGAGCGGUUAAGCACUGUUAGCUAUGCAGCAGUCAAGGAAAGAAGGCAGGACUGUGACCAUUGAUGAAUUGAGCUCCAUCCGGGUCCCUGUUCCUCCUCCCCGGCUUGCGCGGACUGACUCGCUCUGUUUGUGCGGUGACGUCACGGGGCGCAGGAAUGGCGGCGUUGGCUGUUGGAGGAAGGAGCCUACAGAGCUUUAAACUUUAUUCUUCCUAUUAUUAAUUACUGAAAUUAAAAAAGAGGAACAACUUUAAACUGCUACACACAGGAAAACAAUCCACAACUUUAACCAGGCAGAAGUAGACUGUUGCCACAACGCCAGAAGCCGGGGAUCACUUUUAAAAGAAAUUACCUGUUUUGUAUUUAAUUUAAAAGUUUAUUUGUUCCCAGACCUGCUCGUGUUGCGUUUCAUUGUUUAUUUCGCCGUGCUCUGCUACUUUCGAAUUCUUUUUAUGUUAAAAUGGAAACUUUAACCCUAAGUGAUGUGGAACAAAAAUAUUACUCGGAUUUAUUCGCCUACUGCGACACGGAAAACACCAAGAAAGUGGCUUCCAACGGGAGGGUGCUGGAGCUCUUCCGGGCGGCCCAACUACCCAGCGAGGUGGUACUGCAGAUUACAGAACUUUGUGGUGCAACAAGACUUGGCUAUUUUGGGCGUAGCCAGUUCUACAUUGCUUUAAAACUUGUAGCUGUAGCACAGUCUGGACUGCCGCUGCGGGUAGAAAGCCUGAACACAGUGAAGGAUCUCCCUCUGCCUAGAUUUGUAGUGGCAAAAAAUGAACAAGAAUCUAGACACCCAACAAUGUACUCAUCUGAUUCUGAAAACCAAAGCACAUACUCGGGUGUCAUUCCUCCACCUCCUGGUAGAAUGCAGGUCAAGAAGGUCUCUGGAAGUCAUGAAGUGAUUCAACCUCGUGCACCUACAGCAGAACUACAGCCUGAUUCCACAUCUCCAGUUGUCUCCCCACAUCAGUCUCCUCCAACCUCUCCCCACUCCUGGAGAAAGCACAAGCGGCAUCCCAGUGGAGGAAAUUCAGAAAGGCCGCCUGCAGCCACUGGGACAGUCUGGACACCCUUCGGAGAAACACAAUCAGGACCAGUCACAGGUGAUGGGAUGUGGCCUGCCCACUCUCCUCCUCCUCUUCAAGAAAGUUGGGUCAGUUUUACAGAUACUCCCCCUUCCAGCACACUUCCAACAAUGCAUCCUUCAUCACUCCAGGAGAGCACAACGGUACGAACUGUGGCAUCUGCUGCAACAGCAAAUGAAAUCCGAAGGCAAUCUAGUAGUUACGAUGAUCCAUGGAAGAUCACUGAUGAACAAAGACAGUAUUAUAUUAACCAGUUUAAAACCAUUCAGCCAGAUUUAAAUGGUUUCAUUCCAGGAUCUGCAGCAAAAGAAUUUUUUACAAAAUCAAAGCUACCUAUUCUUGAGCUUUCUCACAUUUGGGAGCUUUCAGACUUUGAUAAAGAUGGCGCGUUAACACUAGACGAGUUCUGUGCUGCAUUUCAUCUUGUAGUAGCCAGAAAGAAUGGUUAUGACUUACCUGAAAAGCUGCCAGAAAGCCUCAUGCCAAAACUUAUCGAUCUGGAUGACUCUGCAGAAGUUGUUGACCAGACUGCUGAAGUAGGCUAUUCAAGCUCCCCAGUAGAAGCGCCUCCCAGUAAAUCACCAUCAAUGCCGUCACUAAAUCAGACUUGGCCCGAUUUAAACCAGAGCAAUGAGCAGUGGGAGACUUUUAGUGAACGCUCUUCAAGCUCACAAACUCUGACCCAAUUUGAUUCUAACAUUGCACCAGCUGAUCCUGACACUGCAAUUGUUCAUCCUGUUCCCAUUCGCAUGACUCCCAGUAAAAUUCACAUGCAGGAGAUGGAGCUGAAACGAACUGCAAGCGAUCAUGCUCAUCCUACUAGUCCUUUACUUGCUAACCCUCCUGAACUUUCUGAAGAGAAUAAACUAGCAACCUCAAUAAAAUUUGUAGCUAGUAACGCUGUAGAUGGCUACAGUAGCUCAGAUUCAUACACGUCAGAUCCAGAACAGAUUGGAAGUGUGGUUACUCGGCAAAGGUCACAUUCAGGAACCUCUCCAGAGGGACUAAAAGCAGUAGCUCCACCUCCACCCCCACCAAGACCCCAUGCCUCACAUUCACGCUCCUCGUCACUAGAUAUGAACAGAAGCUUUGCUGCAGUCACCACAGGACAACAGCAAGCAGGUGCAGUUGCCUACCCGCCUGCAGUGCCCCCAAGACCUCAACCAACACAGAUUGCAGGGCCCCAUAUGCAUCGGUCAGUGGAAGGCGAUGGUCUAGUGGUUCACUCCAGUACCUCACCUCAACAAAUACCUAAGCAGCCGAACUUUGCAGAUUUCAGCCAGUUUGCAGUGUUUGCGUCAGUGGCAACAGAACAGUCAGCUGAUGAAGGUGAAAAACACUUGGAGGCCAUACAGGCUGACAAACCCAUAGAACCUGCUGGUACCGUUAGAACUGCAAAAGCUGAUGGCCGGGGAGAUGAUAAAGCAACUGUUACUGCAAACACAGCCAAAGGCUCCACUCCUCUUGCUCCUCCUCCAAAGCCUGUUCGCAGAAGAUUAAAAUCAGAAGAUGAUCUGCGACCAGAUGCAGAUGAGCACUCUCAGAAGUCAAAUGUCAUAGCUACUGUUCUAGCUACACAACCUUCAAUUCCAAGAUCUGUGGGCAAGGACAAAAAGGCUAUUCAAGCUUCAAUUAGAAGAAAUAAAGAAACAAACACUGUCUUGGCCAGGCUUAAUAGUGAAUUACAACAGCAGUUAAAGGAUGUGCUUGAAGAACGCAUUUCCCUGGAGGUUCAACUGGAACAACUGAGACCAUUUUCACAUUUAUAAGACAAUGUCUAUUACUGAACAAAUCACAAAAAGACCUAAAAGGUCCAUGCCCAUUCCCGGACUUUUGUGUUAAGCUUUGCCACUGUACCCAGCACUAGUUUGUGGUGUUCUGUUCCAUCUGGCUGUAUACCUGCAAAUGUUGCUUAUGUACAGAUCAUCUGUAUACAGAAAAUAAUGGAAAAGAACAUGUUUUGUGGGGGGGUAGGGGAAGGAAUGUUAAAAAAUGGUCGCACUUUUAAUUUAAAAUAGGAAAUAUAGGUUAAUGUGUCAGCUACUUCCCUUAGGACACUUUCAACUGACUUUUAACAGGCAUUUAAGCUACAUGUUACCAGUAUGGUCGGUUUAAGGGUCCCAUGAUGUGGGUUAAGUCAUCCUUAGACUGAACCAAUAGAGCACAUUAAAACAAACUGUAGAUGGCACAUUUUAACUUGGUAUGCAGAUAAUUGUUUUGUCAAAAUGUGAGAAGAUUUUGGUUAAAUAGGACAACUCAGAUUGAUCAGCUGCACACAAUUUCUGUUGUCUCCUGUAGUGCCAUGGUGGAUGAUUUUACAUGCCAGUUAAUCAUUCAUAAUUGUCAAAACACUUCCUUUGCUGCAGUAACAAUAAAUGAUCCAUCCAGAUGUGAAACAGAUCACCUGUUACUAAUCUUGUGAAACACUCACCAGGCUUUUUAGUUUUUAGUAAACCACAGUUGUAACUAUUACAGCAGAUUGUCUACCUUGUACAGUACGUGACCACAGGCAACUGCAAAUAUAUUAACUAUUUGGAUUAUUAUUUAGUUUUCCCCCUCAUGAAGACACCCUGACACUCCUGCAUGUACUUCAUAGAGUUCAUAAUGAGAGUCCUGAACCAAAACAAUCCUCCCUUAAAGUGUACCAACUGUUUAGAAAAAACAAACCCUAAAUGUAAUUCAAAUUUAAAGACUGCUCUUUUCAUACCCCUGAACACAAUUGUAAUCUGCAUGUCACAUGCUUCUCUAUUAUAAAUUCCCUGAAACCCAACCACUUGAUUUGUAUCUAUAUCUCCACUCUAGCCUCACUUGUGUUGGUGUCUUAUUUGUAUAUUUGUCGUUCCAAGUCAAAUCUUGUCUUUGGACCUUUUUGGGGUUACCUUUUCUUCAGCUCCUGUAAGCCUUACUCUUCACUUUGUCAGGUUUUCACAUUAAUCUGUGUUCUCCCUAUUGAACCAAGGAGAGCCUUUUUACUGCUAUUCAGGUUGAUGUACUGUAUAAGGGGUAUGUUGUAUAUUGUAUGAUACACACCUUUUGAUCUCAUAUGUAAAUUUGCAUCAAUUGCUGACUAACAGCAAAUAUUCUAUUUAAUUGCUUAUAUUCUGGCUGUGGGAUCAUAGAUUGUUAAACUGCAUGGAUGUAUCUCUGCAGAAUGAACUAGCAGCUGUGUGAUUUUUACACAAAAUAAAAACAGCACAAUAUUUUA